GUCGCAUUGAUGUCGACGGAUGUCGAGGGCAUCUGUCACCCACCGAGUCCGCUGCGCCUGAGCGAAAUCAAAGCGGAUCGAGUGCUGCGGCGCCAAGCGCCAUCGUCUGCCAGCGUUGAAUCGCUGCAAGCUGAACUCGACAGCUGCCUCACGAGCAACGAAAAGGAGUACGUCGACAGCGUUGUGAGGCAAAAAGCCGCCGAGUUCUCCAGGGAAGUUGCCAUCAAACGGCGCUUGCGAACUGCGACCAAGGCAUCGCUCUUGGGCCAGCUCCCAUUGAACGCUACCGGUCCUGUGCCACACACUCCAUCGACCCCUUUUCUUGCAACACUCCGACGGGCCACGUCUGCGAGCGCUCUUCCCCGCUCCAAACUAACCCCACCUUCCUCCGACGUCCGCCGUCCCCUAAAUCCAUCCAAGCGCCGUGACGAUUCCAUUCUAGCAUCGUCUUCCAAUACAUCGUCACCAGGGCAGUUCAGUCUCGUUGGCCUGGCCGGCGGCGUCAACGACGCAGCGCUUCCAUCUGCUGACGUUCCACCGCACCACACGGGUUUGCAGCUCGAACACAUGCUCACCCGCGAGAUGCAUGCGCAAAAGCACCGCCACGCCAUGGAGCAUUUCGCCAUCAAGCUCGAAGCUGAGGCGGCGGCGUGGUAGCGCAAGUACGCCGACGCCGUCAUCGAGUCGAUGCGGUCGAGCGCGCUGGAAGCGGAAGUGGAGACGUUGAAGACGGCAAACGCACAGCUCACUCACGACGUGCGCGCUGCCAAGACGAAACUCAACGACAUGACGUGCCAGCUCCAUACCGCCGAGUCGGCAUUCGAUACAAACCAACGACAGAUUCAAGCCUUGGCCAUGGACGCAUUGGACCAGACUCGGCUGACCAACAACGAGUUUGAGGAGCGCUUGAUUCAAGAGCAGCCCACGAGUGCCGAACUGCGGGAUAUGGUCCACCACUGCAUGCGGCAGAUGGAGGAAAUGUCGAGGAAGGAGCUCGUAGCAAUGGAGAAGCUGCCAGAUCCGGCCGGCGCCGACAGGACGAGAAAUGCCCGGCGGCAUGGCAUUCGACAGCGAGGUAAUCAGCCGAACUAAAAUUGUGUGGUUGGACGGGAG